CUAUGACAGUUGGAGGGUUCCGAGAGGCUGUGGUUGGCCAUGGCCUCAGACUCCACCGUAGACCUUCUGAAGGAGAUGUACCUCACACCAUGGAAACCUCUAACAGAUUGACUGAGCAGGAACAGAGAGUUCUGGGGACUGAGUACAGGCUGAGCUCAGGGAAGGAGAUGGAAAGAAGAGAAAUUGAAGGGUGGCCUGUUCUGUUCCUGGGAGGAGGACCGAAAGUUGGUCCUGCGUGGCUGGUCCCUCGUCUUCAUCUCCCUGGCAACCUUGUUGGUGUUCAGCGUGGUGGAUGGGCAGAUGGCCUAUGUGCACGGUCCAUACACUGGCUUCAUCGGCCUCUGGAUUGACUGCAGGAGGCACAAGUGUGCCAACGUGGGCCAAGUCACUGUUUACAUUCACAUGAGCAAGGGCUUCAUGUUUCUGGCCCUGGCACUGUGCCUCAUUCUCCUGCCCACCAUGUUCCUCUCCUUCCGGCCAGUCUGCCGCCGCUUGAACAAGAUUGACUACAUCUUCAGUUUCCUCAGCAUUGGUAUCGGGCUCCUGAUUCUCCUCAGCCUGAUGCUCUUUGUCAUCAACUGCAAUAGACUGCGUCUGAGGCCACAGGUGUCCUACCUGCUGGUCUUCUACCUGUGCUGGUGCGCCAGUGUCUUGAUGCUGUGGGCCGGAACUCUAUCCUUCCUCAACCAAGUGCGGAGGGGGAGCUACAGUACGCCUAUCAUGGAGCGGAGGGUUAGCUACUUCCGUUGGGCCUUGAGACACCAAUCCCAGCAGCAGUCCAAUUUGGACCAGAGCUCGGAGUCCAUCCAGAACCAGUCUGCUGCAACUUCUCAGGACACUGGGAAGUCCCGGCAGCCAGAUGCCUCCACCUCUGUCCCUGUGACUCUGUCACCAUCAGACCUCCCUUGAGGUUCCACGCUUCCCAUGAGAGCAGGCAGCACCCUCGGGAGACAGGCGGCAAGCCCCGCUCCCCUGUGCAAGGACCCACCCCUUGAGGUCUGAGUCUUGGCAAGGAAACCACUCUGGAAGUCCUCCAAUACUUUCGGCUGUGGCUAUGUCCCUCUGAGCAGGCACUGGUCCAUGGUCCCAAGCAGCUAGAGCGCGGUGGGAUGAUCGCCCCACAGGCCACGCCCCUAAGCUGCUCUCCAACUUUUGGUCCAGCCCCACCCAAGGAAUCCCCUCCAGGGGCCCCAGGCGGGACACUCUGCAGCCCAGCCUUGCGGCCAGUCCCCACCCCUCUGUGGACAGACCCCUCCCAGAAAGUCAAGGCUUGAUAUAACAUCCCGCCCCCUUCCUGGCUUCCCCGACUCAAUAAAACCAGGUCGGCAUUCCAAA